AUGGGCAGAUUUCUAAGCGACAAUGACUAUCCGAUAACUCUAUCCGCUUCCGCUUUUGAACCAAGUGUCAAAUCUAGAGUGAAACGAGCCAUUGCCGAAGUUGAUGGCAUGGUUGCCGGCAUCACCUUCUUGGAUAAAGGAGGCCAAAUGCCAGUUGCGGACGUUGUUUCUGAUAUUUGGGACCUGACACAUGGAUUGCAGGACGAUGGCCAACACCUGUUUUCAACUGAGACGAUAGUCCCAGAUACACCAAGCAGACUUCCUGAAGCGACUUAUGUGGCAAAACCCAGGUGUGAUGAUCCGCACCGAGCGUGGACCGCACUUUCCGAGCUAAAAGACGGCAUGCGGCGCCAGUUCGACCGCUUCUGCAAAAUCGCUUCGUAUGAUAAUGUGCCAGAAAUCAUCAGGCUUCGAGACUUUUACACGAGUGCCAACGCAAUGAGCGACAUGGGCCUCCAAACCUAUCGCGAUGUUUUACAAGGCUCAGUACCAGACACGCUGGCAGAGGUAUUCGCUUUUGCCGCAUUAUCGUACGCGAUAUCAGACAUUUUGCUACAUCAUGGCCGAAUGCGUGAAGAAGAAAUUCUCUCUGAUCGAACGUCAGAGGCGUUCGGUUUUAGUCAACUCCUCUCGUUCAGCAACUGGGGUGAAAAUGCCGAGCUCAAGUAUCCGGUUGCUUUGGAUGCCAGUGUCGCAAUGGCAGAUUUCGAUACACUCGAUACUGGAGAUUAUUUCUUCCUGUUAUCCAAUCGUGGAGCCACCGUCACUUGCCAGAAGACCGGAUCGGGCUAUGCAAGUAGCAGAUCAAAAGCUGAGAGGAAGCUACGAAAAGAGUUUUUCAAGCCACUGAAGAAGGCUAUGGCUUCCAAUGAAUCUUUUUUAGCACUCCUUUCAGUGGCCAAAAAAUUCGUCGUUGUCGGGAGCUUGAGCACACUCGAAGAGGUCCAGGAUUACCUCCUUGCUCUUUCCACUCAACUAAUUAGCCCCGAGGACCAUGUGAGCUUCGUCAGAUGGAUUUUCAAUAACCCCGGUGAAGCCGAAGUAAAGCAACAUUCACCCUCUCUUAACCGAAAACGAAAGACACCGAGUGAUGGCCCGCCAAAGAACAGUGUCGCUGAAAAACGUCAAAAGCAGUAA